AUGGGGAGAAAAGAGAGUGUGGAGGAGGCGGCGUCCUCGCAGGUUUCUGUGGAGCUCUUCAUCGGAACCCGGGGAACCGCGAGCUCUUGGGUGAAUCGGAAGAUUCAGAUCGGGGUGGAGGGCGACGUGCGGAAGGAGCCCUUCUCGCAGCUCCUGCUGGCAGCCGGCGGCCGGGGGCUCGUCCUCUUCGCUGGAGCGGCUGCCCGCUCCUGCGCAGCGGUGGCGCUGCCGCCGCUGACGAAAUUGGAGGAAGAGUCCGAGGCAUGCUGGGACUUGCAGGCGGUGACCCUUGCGGCCCUUGCUCCUGGCCCUGGGAUUCUGAAAGUAGCCUGGCAUCCACUCAGCGAUGCCCAUCUAGGUGUCUUGUUUGAGGACGGGAGCUGGUCUUUGGUGAACUUGAGCGCCCAAGCCUCCUUGAGAGACCCGGAGUUGUACUUCGAGGGGCCCAAAGCGGAGCAGGUGGUGGACUUUGCCUGGGCUUUCAACGGCCCGCAAGCGACGACCCCAGAAGAAGCCUGGCUCAGCCUGUCGGUGUUCUUUUUGGGAUCUUCGGGACGAAUCUCCUUGCGCAACCCGGUGCUUCCUUCAGUGGCAGUGAUGCCACAAGCGAUGCUCAGCGCGCUGGCUGCAGAUCCGAACGACUGGCUUAGGGAAGCUCUUAGUCUUCUGACAGCUGAGCAUUCCAUCCGGACGGAGCACUCCUCAGGCGGUUCCUGCGUUUUACGGCAUAGCUUGCACUUGCAUGCAAGAGGCCCUAAAGGAAUGGCCGUUGAGCAGACAGUGGAGGAAGCCUUGCAAGAUGGGCCUCAGUCUCCCCAAUCAGCCCGGCAUGCGAAGAGCUCCUACUGCAGCAUGCAGCUCCUGGCUGGGAGCAGCGGCCUGGCUUCCCCGCUGGUCCUCAUCGCCCGGGCCACGAACUCCGGAUUGAUCCAGCUCCUGGCCCUGGAAGACGCUCCCGGCCCGGCCUUCACUUCCCUUCCCGCCGGAAAAUGCACCCAUCGGGCCCUUCUUCUGGAAGAGAUCGACCUCAUGUGCCCGCACCCCGCAGAAGCUUCGCUGCAGAUGCUCCCACUCUGCAACGAGGGGCCCGGCCCCGGGCCCUCGUUUCUGGCCUACUCCAACUCGCUCGUCGCAGUGGUGGACGUGAACUUGCACGGAACCUCAUCGGUCAGGACUUUAGCGGAGACCAGAUCGGAAGCGAAAGAGAGCAGCGCCGAAUUCGCAGGGCUGAAGCUGCUAGACGGCCGUGGGCUACUUCUGCGCGUCGAGCGGCGGUCGUCAAGGUCACCCAUAGCUCUUCAGCUUCUCGACUUCGAAUCGAAAGGCAUCCCAGGUGACAAAAGCGAGCCUCGUGAGCAAAGUGCUUGCAAAGAGUCACAGGGCACGGAAUCCCUGCGUCUGCUCCUGGCGCCGAGCUCGGCGAGCUCCACGAGCUCGGGCUCGCCAAAGGACUCGGAAGACAGAUCGGCGGAACGCAUGGCUCGCAAGCUUUCUGAGCUCCAGGCCCAGCUUGGGAGCCUCUGCCCACGCCAGGAGCUCGUGCAGCACCUCCAGAAAACCUUGCCAAAAAGACUGGAGAAACUCGCUGAGCAACUCGCUGAGCUCAGCGAGCAGAGCGAGCAGAGCGGAGGCCACGCAGAUUCGGAGGAUUCUUUUGAGCUCUCUCUGGCUCUGGAGCGGCGAGCGGAGGUCUUGGAAGGACGGCAAAGGAGAGUCGUGAAAGCGCUCUCGGCGGAGCUCGAGCUGAGGGCCUUGGCUGCUCUGAGCUCGGAGACGGCCCCCCGGCUCUUCGCUCGUUUCCACGAGCUGACACGAGCGAGCAAACUCCUGAAAACGGCACUCAUCCAGGCAUCAAAGACAAAGAAGGAGGCUCCGACCUUUGCUGCGUCUCCAUCUAUCCUUUCCCUCCAGAAGGGCUGGACUGGAACCACGGCACAGCACCUGCAGCUCCAGGCAAGCGAAGCCGACGCUCUGGUGGAGGCGGCAGCGGCCAAGUGGCCUUAG